GAGAAGCCAUAUUCAUGUUCAGAUUGUGGCAAAUGUUUUACACAAAAAUCUGAACUUGUUACACAUGAGAGACUACACACAGGACAGAAGCCAUAUUCAUGUUCCGAAUGUGGGAAAUGUUUUACAGAGAAAUCAUAUCUUGUUAAUCAUGAGAGACGACACACGGGAGAAAAGCCAUAUUCAUGUUCAGAAUGUGGGAAAUGCUUUUCAGAUAAAUCAAAUCUUGUUAAGCAUAAGAGAAGUCACAAAGCAGAGAAGCCGUAUUCAUGUUUAGAAUGUGGGAAAUGUUUUAUAGAGAAAUCAUAUCUUGUUACUCAUGAGAGACGACACACGGGAGAAAAGCCAUAUUCAUGUUCAGAAUGUGGGAAAUGUUUUACAGAUAAAUCAUAUCUUGUUACACAUGAGAGACGACACACGGGAGAAAAGCCAUAUUCAUGUUCAGAAUGUGGGAAAUGCUUUUCAGAUAAAUCAAAUCUUGUUAAGCAUCAGAGAAGUCACAAAGCAGAGAAGCCGUAUUCAUGUUUAGAAUGUGGAAAAUCUUUUACAGAGAAAUCAUAUCUUGUUAUUCAUGAGAGACGACACACGGGAGAAAAGCCAUAUUCAUGUUCAGAAUGUGGGAAAUGCUUUUCAGAUAAAUCAAAUCUUUUUAGGCAUAAGAGAAGUCACAGAGCAGAGUAGCCAUAUUCAUGUUGAGAAUGUGGGAAAAGUUUAAUACAAAAAUUAGAUCUUAGUAGAAAUCUGAUAAUUCAUAUGUGAAACCAUUUUCACAUAUUUUAGCAUAUUGGGUUAUUAAUUGACCUUAAAGGGUCAAUAAGAAGGUUUAUUUUUGGAAGUACCUAUCCCAGGUCUCCUAGAUAACCGAAUUAUAUUUCCUUGAGGUCACUAUGACCAGGUCCAUGGAGGAAAAGUAUUGGGGAUAUAGGGAAGAGAAGAAGAGCCUUGUUUACUUCCAGAGCAGUGAAGAUGAAUUGUCCUCAUGAACCUUGGUUCUUAUGACUGUAUUCACACCUCCACCCACACUGCGGAAGAAUCCAGAGUGACAUGAAGAGAAGUAACGACGCUCCAUGUAAUUGUUUUAUAAUGUAUGUGGACAUAUUAAUACAGUACUUGAUCAUGAUUCAAAUAGUUUUUAAAAGGAACUUGUCGUGAACAUGGAGUCGAGCUGCAAACAGCUUGUUAUAGAAGAGGAGGAGCUGAGAUGAUUGAUAUAAAAUUUUAUGGGAAAAGAUUGAGUAUAACCUGUAUUUUAUACAUUUAACUUCCUGCUCAUUCUGAACUUUAAUGUCAAGGAGGCAGUCCUAUCAGUGAUUGACAGCCUUUCCUCUAUGACUAUACAUGCAGAGAUAGCUGUCAGUCACUGAUAGGACCUCCUUCUUGACGUCAAAGUUCAGAAUUAGAAGGAAUUUAAAUGUAUGAAAUACAAGUCUUACAGAAUCUUUUCCAGUAAAACUAAAUAUCAAUCUGCUCAGCUUCUCCUGCUGUGUAACAUGCCGCCUGCAGCUCAAACACUGUGUUCAACGUGACAGGUUCCCUUUAAAGGGGUUGUUCACCCCUGUGGUCCUUUUAGGCAGAACCUCCAGUGAGGCUUGACCUACAUAAGGGAUCCUAUUUGCCUGAUCCUCACCAAUGGGUCUUGGCUUCUUUGCUCUCCACUUGUAAACAUCCGGUUUGACAUGGGUCACAUGACCGCAGCAGUGAAGUGUCACCCAUAUGUCACAUGACCCAGUGACAUGAGGCAUGGGUGACACGUCACCGCUGUGGCCAGUCAUAUUCACACAGAGAGACCCAUGAUCUGCGAACGAGCCGCAACCCAGCGGCGGGGAUCAGGCAAGUGGAUCAGACCUCUGCAAGUCUGGCUACUGUGGGGGUCCUGCCAGAAAGGCCACUAUGUGCCACAACAGCAUCACCAUUGUUCACUUUAUCUAUGUCUUAUAUAUGUUUGUCUUGAUGGACCAAAACACUAGGGUCGGCUCUAUAAGUAUCAUACCCAGAGCAUGAAAUAAAAGACCCUUCACUUGCAUAUUAUCUUUGUAUGUGCCGUGGUUUCAGAGAUUUUUGUUUUGGCUCAUAUUAUAUAAAUAAAA